ACCAGACUCGUCACUUGACUUCCCGAAACCUCGUGGCGCUCGUAGGCAUCUCGUCUGAGCAAUCCUCGCGACUCACUCACCUCGAAAUACUUCAUCCAUCCUUUGAAGCUACUCCGCGUCCCACCAAUGGCUACUCUCGCCGCUUCUUCCACCGCAUCAGCUAGCGCCGCAGCACUGCGAGUUCAGAGCCUCAACGCAACCCCCAGCCGCCCUCUCUCCAGCCCAAAUCUUGUCAGCGGCUCUCGGUUUCCAGUGUACCGCGUUUCGUCGACCCCUUCCCAAUCAUCGAUAUCAUCUCCCGUCGUCACGCGGCUGUCUGUUCGCGCGCAAUCCACGGAAUCCUCCACACCCGCCGAGCCCUCCGCACCGAGUUCAACCUCCGUGAAUCCUGGGUUCGGGCUGGGCGGCCCAGGCACGUGGUUCGGGUUCGGGCAGUUUCAGGAGCUCAGCGUGGGUCGCCUCGCGAUGGUCGGCUUCGCGAGCGCGCUCGUGAUGGAAGUCCUUACGGGGAAGGGCGUUUUCGGCCAGCUGGGAGUCGAUCCCUUGACCAUCCGAUUCCCCUUCCUCGCGGGACUCACAUUUUUGCUCCUGGGCGGGCUGCUGGGCGGGUGGGUGGUGAUCAACAACCCGCCGGAUAUUUCCAAGGCGCCGCCGAACGCGGGCGCGGGCGUGCCGCGGGAUCCGUUCAGCAAGAGCGAGAUGGAUCCGUUGGUGACGUACACGCGUGGGGUGGCGGUGGAGGGGGACGAUGGCAAGCCCGUGGUGCUCCCGAUCGCCUCGGACCUGAAGCCCCUCGAUAAGUAGUCGGGUGCCGAGCCACAGAUCGCAUGCGGGUACUGGCAUCCGCAGGACUGAUUCGAUUUGAAUCCCUCUAGAUGGCUGGUGAUGGGAAAGGCUGUGUUUCCGAGUGUCUGGUUUGAAACCCCUGGAGAUGAUGCUUCUAGCAGGUGUAGCACUUGUACAGCUAGUUAUAUUAAAAUAUGAGAGCUUCAGCUACCAUACUUCUUGUUUGGGUAAGAGAAUGCUUGGUGGAACACUGUACAUCAUAACCUCUGGGCUCUGGUAAUGAUUCCUAUGAAUACAUA